UCCGUUAAUUAAAAAGUUCAUCCGCUUCGCCGCGUUUUAGCGUACUUUUUGUAGAAUCUUUAAAUUCAUACAGCUCUGACAACAUCGUAAAAAACAACUUGUUGCAAAUGAGGUCUCCGCUCGCGAGCAUUUACAGACCCGCCGCCGAUUUACUAUUUCAAACGCGAACGGUCAAAUCUUCCAUAAUGUAACUGCUACGAUUUUUUUGAAAAAAAAAAUAAUAAUAAUAAAGUGCUCUCGUUACAAAAUGAACGCGGAGUGCAACGAAGACGUUCUUGGUCCCAAACGGGAUUCGUUAUACGUAGUGUUACCUCUAACUAUUAUAUUUGUAAUAAUAUUUAUAACGGGUUCAAUCGGAAAUAUCAGCACUUGCAUAGUUAUAGCUAAAAACAAAUCUAUGCACACGGCGACGAACUAUUAUUUGUUUAGUUUAGCUGUAUCAGAUCAGCUGCUGCUCAUAACUGGAUUACCGCAAGAAGUGUACAGUUUUUGGUCAAGGUACCCAUACAUUUUUGGAAGUACUUUUUGUUUUCUUCGCGGACUUCUUUCGGAAACCAGUGGUAAUUCUAGUGUUCUCAUUAUUGGAGCGUUUACAGUAGAGCGAUAUCUAGCGAUAUGCCAUCCGUUUCUUUCACACACUCUAUCGAACCUCUCAAGAGCUAUUAAGCUAGUUCUAAUAAUAUGGAUCCUCUCGAUUGGUUUAGCAAUUCCUCAGGCUUUGCCGUUAAGGGUGGAACUGAUAAACGGGACUUGUCGUCAGUGCGUGAUAUCAAAUAAUGCGUACAUAGAGCCCGUUUUUGAAGUGUCGACGAUCUUGUUGUUUAUAGUACCGAUGACCAUUAUUACGGUUUUAUAUAUACUUGUUGGGAUUAGACUGAAAUCUUCCAAUAACAUAAAUAAGUUGAGCACGCAUGCUAGGAUGCAGCGUAAGUCAUCGUGGAAGGUUGUUAAAAUGUUGGUGGCAGUUGUAGUGGCCUUUUUUGUAUGCUGGGCUCCAUUCCAUUUGCAGAGGCUUACUUCUAUCUAUCAGAAACCAACUGAAGAAACUCAAGAGACGCAUCUGAAGAUCUAUGCAAUGAUCACCUACAUAAGCGGCAUCUUGUACUACAUGUCUGCUACUGUCAAUCCUAUUCUGUACAAUAUUAUGUCCGUUAAAUUCAGGGACGCUUUCAGGGAAACAUUCUCCUGCUACUGGUUCAAAGAAAAGCACGUUAAAGCGCAACGGUCUCACUCAGUUGCAUCUAAAUCGAACAUGAGGUAUCCGGAUUCAAUUGAUUCUGGAAGUCAAGAUAACUCUAUGCAAUCUUUCAUGUUAUCAAUGCACAAGAACUCGUUAGAAUCGACGACAAUGACGGCAAUUAACAACUCCUUCAUGAAACGGAUGCAGUUAGAAAAGGAAUCCUUAGAAGUUGAACCAAGUAAAGAAUAGCUUUAUUCUUAAGCCUUUCUCCCUUGAACAGUAUUAUAAAAGCAGCAUCCAAUCUAAGAGAAACAGAAACGAUCCAAACCAUUUAUUUAAGGAUAACAGAAGAAAAUAAUGAUCGACCAAGAAUGGUUCUAAAGGAGACGUAUGUUGAGGCAUUCAAUUCGUCUUCUUUUUUAGGAUUAAGUUUGGAUUUUCAUUUAGAGCCGUGUGUAAUUAUCACGGACAUGUCUCGGUCAGGACCUACUUUAGAAACUUUUUUGUGGAUCAUUCUUUAUAAAUAUCUGAUAUCGAUAAUAGACCAGGGUCGAUAAUUUUUGAAACAAAAAAAAAUAAUAGUAGGAUGAAACCCGUUAAAAAAGGAC